UCGAAGUAGCCGCGAGCCUUGAAUGGCAUCUUACUCUUAUGAAAUCGGCAAGAAUCUUGUGAACUACUGCACUCAAACCGAAAUCAAAACCUGGCUGAGUGUGAGUUUUUAAGAUGGCAUGGGCCAGCUAAGGAUAAAUUGUUAACUUUCGCGCUCUUUUUUAAUUCAGUGAAGGAGUUUGACACACUUUCAGUCAAGCAAUGGCCGAUGAGGAGUUGGUUCCGUUGGCUGAGGGGCCUGGUUCGCCGGCUGCCGAAGAAUCUGCAGCUGAGCCUGAGUUGACAAAUCCUGACGAACCCAUGGAAACUCUGACUGUAUCGCUCAAUAAAAAGAAAGGUGGGUAUGGAUUCAAUAUCAAAGGGGGUCGAGACAAGCCCUUCAGAGAAGGGGACUCUUCUAUUUAUAUUACAAGGCUCAGACCGGGGGCUACCGCGGAGAAAGAUGGCCGUUUGGCUCCUGGAGACAAAAUACUGGAGAUCAAUGGUAACGAUGUUAGUGAUGUCACGCAUUCUGAAGCUUUGGACUUGGUGAGGGAAACAAAAGGAGGGAAGCUGACCUUAUUGGUACAGAAACGAGUUAUAAAGGUAAUCAGCGAUGGAGAUGAUGGACUCGGUGUCAUGAGCAUACAACUGCACAGAGAAAAGAAAGGGAGAGGCUUGGGUUUUAACAUCCGAGGAGGUAGAGAUAGCCCGUAUGUUCCUGAGGAUCCAAGUAUCUACGUAACCCGAAUCAAUUCAGAAGGCGCGGCCGCCAGUGACGGGAGACUUAGCGUUGGUGACAAACUUCUCGAGAUCAAUAAUGUUAACGUAGAGGACACCACAAUAGACCGCGCUAUCGAUCUCAUUCAGUCCAAGAAAAGACUUCUCCUACUGGUAGAGAAAAAGGCACUCCAGCGAGUGGUGAAAACCGUACGGGAAGGCGCAGUAGACAGCGUAAGAGGAGUCGAAAAUGUGAUUGAAUUAUACAAGGACCCUGAAUAUGGCCUUGGGUUCAAUAUCAGAGGAGGCAGUGACGCUAAUUACAUGCGUGGCCAUCCGGGAAUCUUUGUAACGUCAAUCAAACCAGGAGGCUCCGCUGAUCGGGACAGUCGGCUAAAAAUCGGAGACAGACUCCUUGAGAUAAAUGGCGUGGACGUUCGCUCUGUUCCUCAAGAUGCUGCAGUUCAACUUGUUCAAAGAUCCGUUGACAAAGUUACUCUAUUGGUUGAAAAGGACGCAGAGCAGCUGUUUAAAAACUCUGAGUUUUACAGUUUGAGUGAUUUUGAUGAGAUCGAUAUGAGUGGAGAGGCAGGCUGUUUCUUCAGAGAUCAGAAAAGAAGAAUAGACUUUGUCCUGGCUUACGAAGAGUUCGAUAAUGAACCUGCUUCGAAAGAAACCCUACGAUACAGAAGGAGGUACAUGAAAAACCUGCAGAAAUCUCAGCUGGAGUUCGAAGAGGAACAAUCCCCAACGAAGAAAGGACACCUUCACUUCAUCAAAGUUCACGUUCCGUGGGAAGUCAUGUUAUUCUACGCCGAAGAGCUGAAUUUUAAAGGUCCACUGAAGGCGAGAACAGAAGAAAAGAUCAACUGGUCAGAGCGGAUAUUGAAGAAAUUUCAUUUGCCAAAUAUAUUCAAGGAUGAUGUCCCAGAUCAACCCCCAAAUUACUUUACAGCCACCUUUCAAGCCAGUAAAUUGCAGAGAUUUGUAGGAAGCGACAACCCAGAAACGUACUUUAAGGACACGGAACGAACAAGAGUAGCAAAUGAGAUCCUCGAAACAGCUGUGUACGGAAGCCGCAACAAAGGAGAAAUAGGUAUUAGUCGACUCGUGGAGGAAGGAGUAUUUACAGCAGCGUAUCCUCUUCAUGUGGGCCCAGCAGAGCUGCCUUCAGAUUGGAAUAAGGCACCAGAUGGACCAGAGGAGAGAAGACUAAGUCAGAGACAGAUACUUAAAGAAUACUGGGCACGAUGGGGAAAGUGGCUGAAAUAUCAACCACUUGAUCACGUCAGAGAAUACUUUGGAGAGAAGAUCGGCAUUUACUUCGGUUGGCUUGGGCAAUACACAGCAUGGCUGAUACCACCCUCCUUUGUUGGGCUACUUGUUUUCCUUUACGGUUAUCUGACAAUAGAUAGUAGUCAGAACACGGCGCUUGAGAUCUGUAACAGCGCGAACUGGACAUUUGUAAUGUGUCCACUGUGUGAAGAAGAACUGGGCUGCAAAGCGUGGGACUUGAAAUUAAGUUGCUCCCGAGCGAGGACAUCGUACUUAUUUGAUAAUCCAGCCACAGUGGGUUAUGCCCUUUUCGUUGCUUUCUGGGCUGUGUUUUUCCUGGAGUACUGGAAACGAAAGGAAAUCACUUUGGCCUAUCAAUGGGAUGUGCUGGGCUUUGAAGAAGAAGAGGAAAGACCUCGACCCACCUUUGCAGCAUUAGCUCCGGCUGUGGAGAGGAAUCCUGUAACAGGGCUUUUAGAACCACACUUUCCCGAAGAAAAGCGAUUCCCAAGAAUCGUUUCAGGAAUUGCCAUUGUUAUCUGUAUGGUUUCCCUCGUGGUAUUGUUCAUGGUCGGAGUUAUCGUAUACAAGCUGCUUGUGAUUCAUCCACUCUACGAGAACCCAAACUUUCAGGAGUAUGCUUCAACUAUUGUAUCUGUGACAGGCUCAAUCAUGAAUCUUAUCAUCAUAAUGAUACUGAGCAAGGUCUAUGAAAAGUUAGCCUACGUUUUAAACCAUUGGGAGAUGCAUCGCACGCAAACGGAAUACGAAGAUAACUUAACAUUCAAAGUGUUCGUGUUCCAGUUUAUGAACUUCUUCGCUUCCAUCUUCUACAUAGCUUUUUUCAAGGGAAAACUUGUUGGUUAUCCAGGAAAUUAUACAAAGAUAUUUGGCCUUAGAACAGAGCAGUGCAGUCCCGGUGGAUGUCUGAUGGAGUUGGCUCAACAGCUGUCAGUUAUCAUGAUUGGCAAGCAAGUCAUCGGCAAUGUACAGGAAGUCCUUGUGCCUGAAAUAAAAAAGUUCAUGAAGAAGAGAAAAAUGGGAGUGACCGGAAAUGAGGUGAAGCCGCGCUGGGAACUGGAUUAUGAUUUACUGGAAAACGAAGGCUUGUUUGGAGAAUACCUGGAAAUGGUCAUCCAGUUUGGUUUCGUUACAAUCUUUGUGGCUGCCUUUCCUCUGGCUCCGUUCUUCGCUCUCGCCAACAACAUCUUUGAGAUUCGCAUUGACUCAGACAAGAUGGUGUGCGAUUUGCGGCGUCCUGUGGCACAUAGAGCACAGGACAUUGGAAUCUGGUUCAGUAUGUUAUCAGCGAUAGCGAAAAUGGCUGUCAUCAGUAAUGCUUUCCUUAUAGCAUUCACCUCGCAAUUUUUGCCAAAAUUGUUGUACAGAGCUUCUGUAUCACCAGAUGGCUCCCUUCACGGCUACACUAACUACAGCCUUGCCUGGGCGCCACCCAACUCCACAUCAGUACCCUGCAGGUAUAUCGAAUUUAAUAAUCCUGAUGGUAGUCCGAGCAAAUUUUAUUGGCAUUUGGUGACAUUAAAGCUGGGGUUUGUUAUUUUAUUCGAGCAUUUUGUGUUCUCCGUAUCGUGGCUCAUUGACAUGCUUGUACCUGAUAUACCAGCUGGCCUGGACCAAGCCAUCAAAAGAGAAGCGUACCAGGCUAAGCAGAUCAUGUCUGACAAUCACGGACUCAUGGGAGGAUUGCCUUCUUCUGAUGACUACAUGCUGGAACUUGAAACAUGACACUACCAUCAUAGGCUCUUUUAAAUUUCGCCUGCUUUACGCAACGUAAUGCAUAACCAGUUCAAUAAAUUAAUACAACGUACAAACAAAUCAAAUACGUUUCGCUCAAGUAAUAUUUAUUCUCAGGAGGGCGAUCAUAUCAUUUCUUCGGCAAGAUUGCCGCCGUCUCAGAAUAGAAGCUACGUAUUGAUCCAAAAAAAGAUAACGUAUAUCAAUUUAAUGCCAAACGUCAGAUUAGAGAUGAUAUAAACGGAGAAAUGAAUGCCACCUAGGAAUCUUACUGUAAGGCAAACGGCUGACUGUCAUUGUAUGCCACCACAACCACCUUGGUGAAGAUCAUUCAUGAAAUUAGAUGCAUUAGGUUCGUUAAUCCGCUGGUUUUGUCGAAAGGCUGUUUCUCACGUUCUAAACCACAAAUGGUAUUUAAUAUUGAAGUUACACUUUCUUUUAUCUGCCAAACGUCCGCGAUUAAAAAAAGAAAAUACGGCCAAAAAAAUAUUCUGAAUCGCCUGAAGAUCAAAAGAAGAACGAAAAUAUUUUUGAACAAUUGUAAAUACAUUACGUCUUCAUGGGACCUUCAGAGCUUGAAAAUACUGUAUAAUGAAAUCAUGAAUUUACAAUUUUGACCUUCUGAGUAAAUAAAAUAUUAAAUGAAACAAA